AUGGCCGAGGCCGGGCCCGGGCUGAGUGAGACCGUCACUGAGACAACGGUUACCGUGACGACCGAGCCCGAGAACCGGAGCCUGACCAUCAAACUGCGGAAACGGAAGCCGGAGAAAAAGGUGGAAUGGACGAGUGACACGGUGGACAAUGAACACAUGGGGCGCCGCUCAUCAAAAUGCUGCUGUAUUUAUGAGAAACCACGGGCCUUUGGUGAGAGCUCCACCGAGAGUGAUGAGGAGGAAGAGGAAGGCUGUGGUCACACACACUGUGUACGGGGCCACCACAGAGGACGGAGCCAUGUGACCCCUGGACCGAGCCCCACCACCCCUUCCCAGCCCCCUGACCGCUCUCAGCCCCCUCCAGGGCCAAUGCAGCACUAA